ACGCCUGGCGCCGGCCGGAAGGACCCGGGCGCGUCCUGCUGGUGGCGGUGGGGGAGCGGCGGUGCCUUCUGGAAGGUUCCCGGUCGGGCGGCCGUUACCGCGGGUCCCAUCCGCGUCCAUCGGCGGCGGGCGACGAUGCCGGAGAACACGGGGGCCAAAGCCCACGGCGGAGCGGGGAACCGGGCCAAGGGCACCUACCAGGACCGGGAUAAACCCUCCCAGAUCCGCUUCAGCAACAUCUCCGCCGGCAAAGCUGUUGCCGAUGCAAUUAGAACAAGCCUUGGACCAAAGGGAAUGGAUAAAAUGAUUCAGGAUGCUAAAGGAGAUGUGACAAUCACUAAUGAUGGUGCUACUAUUCUGAAACAAAUGCAGGUUCUGCACCCUGCAGCCAAAAUGUUGGUAGAGCUGUCAAAAGCACAAGAUAUUGAAGCUGGUGAUGGCACUACAUCUGUUGUUGUCAUUGCUGGAGCUCUUUUGGAUGCCUGUUCCAGACUUCUUCAGAAAGGAAUCCACCCCACCAUCAUUUCAGAGUCAUUCCAGAAAGCUUUGGAUAAAGGUAUUGAAGUAUUGACCAACAUGGCGCAGCCAGUGGAACUGAGUGACAGAGAAACCUUGCUGAAUAGUGCAACUACUUCGCUGAAUUCAAAGGUUGUGUGUCAGUAUUCUAGUUUACUUUCUCCAAUGAGUGUGGAUGCAGUGAUGAAGGUGAUUGACCCAACUACAGCUAGUAGCGUGGACCUCAGAGAUAUUAAAAUUGUUAAGAAGUUGGGAGGCACAAUUGAUGAUUGUGAACUGGUUGAAGGCCUAGUGCUGACUCAGAAGGUCGCAAAUACUGGUGUAACUAGAGUGGAAAAAGCCAAAAUUGGCCUCAUUCAGUUCUGCUUGUCUGCUCCAAAGACAGAUAUGGACAACCAAAUAGUUGUUUCUGAUUAUGCUCAAAUGGACAGAGUACUGCGUGAAGAGAGAGCCUAUAUUCUAAAUUUAGUUAAGCAAAUUAAGAAGGCUGGAUGCAAUGUGCUGCUGAUUCAGAAGUCUAUUCUGCGGGAUGCUCUUAGUGACCUAGCCCUCCAUUUUCUGAACAAAAUGAAGAUCAUGGUGGUUAAAGACAUUGAAAGAGAUGACAUUGAGUUUAUAUGUAAGACAAUUGGAACUAAGCCCGUUGCUCAUAUUGAUCAGUUUACUCCUGACAUGCUGGGGUCUGCUGAGCUGGCAGAGGAGGUCAACUUGAACGGUUCUGGGAAACUAAUAAAGAUUACGGGCUGCACAAACCCUGGGAAAACUGUAACCAUUGUGGUACGUGGAUCCAACAAACUUGUUCUAGAAGAGGCUGAGCGUUCAAUUCACGAUGCCCUGUGUGUCAUAAGAUGCUUAGUUAAGAAAAGAGCUUUAAUUGCAGGAGGUGGAGCACCAGAGAUAGAGUUGGCACUGCGCUUGAACGAGUAUGCUCGGACUUUAAGGGGUAUGGACUCAUAUUGCGUCCGUGCGUAUGGUGACGCGCUGGAAGUCAUACCAUCUACACUGGCUGAAAAUGCAGGUCUCAAUCCUAUUUCAACGGUAACGGAGCUGAGAAACAGACACGCUCAAGGGGAGAAAACAGCUGGCAUUAAUGUCAGAAAGGGUGGCAUUUCCAACAUCUUGGAGGAAUUGGUUGUCCAGCCACUGCUAGUGUCUUUGAGCGCAUUGACUCUUGCAACAGAAACUGUGCGCAGUAUUCUUAAGAUUGAUGAUGUGGUGAACACCCGGUAAACUGAAUGAAGAAAGUGGGGACUGUGCCCUAGAGCUCCUUCCCAGUAGUCUGGAAUAUGGUUUCCUCACCAAAAGCGCCUGUGUGAAUUGUCUUAAAAGUCCACAAAGGCUUACAUACUUUUAUCAGGUUAAUUUAAAAAAAAACCACAAAAACCAAACAAACAAAAACAAAAAACCACCAACCUGUUUUCAAAAAGGAAAUGCUGUUUAUCAAUAAACAUGCAGUAGUCUA